AUGGCGUUACGGGAUGACAGAAUUAGGAUAGAAAGGAUGGAAAAACUCAAAUUUGAAUACAGCCAUGCUUUCCAGCUGAUCACUGAUUUUUACACAAAAGAAGUGCCUGAUACUACAGGCCCUCAAAAACUAUCUGUAAUACUAAGCUUGGAUAAGCCUGUUAUUUGCUCUCUGGCAGCAAUAAUUGCAUACCUCAAAGAAUUUAAUUUGGAAAGGAUGCUUUACAAUCCAAGCAAUUUCAAACAGUUGUCAAGUGAAACCGAAUACAUGACAAUUAAUGGGACAACAAUGAAAAAUCUUGAAAUUUUACAGAAUCAGACUGAUAUGAAAACAAAAGGAAGCCUACUCUGGGUCUUGGAUCAUACUAAAACUUCCUUUGGACGUCGGAGACUGAAGAAAUGGGUAACCCAGCCCCUCAUGAAAUCCAGUGAAAUAAAUGCCCGGCUUGAUGCUGUGUCUGAAAUUCUACUGUCAGAAUCCAGUGUGUUUGGUCAGAUUCGAAAUCUUCUUUGUAAGCUUCCAGAUAUAGAGAGAGGCCUCUGCAGUGUUUUUCACAAAAAGUGCUCAACCCAAGAGUUUUUCUUGAUUGUCAGCACACUGUCUCGUCUGGACUUAGAAAUUCAAGCUCUUGUUCCAGUCAUACAUUCUCAUGUGAAAACUCCUGUGUUACAAAAGGCACUGUUGGAAAUCCCGGAGCUUCUCUCCCCAGUAAAACAUUAUUUAAAGAUCCUUAAUGAGGAAGCAGCUAAGACUGGAGAUAAAACCCAAUUGUUCAAGGACCUUACAGACUUCCCUGUCAUCAGAAAAAAAAAAGAGGAGAUCCUGGAAGUGCUUUCUAAAAUCCAAUUGCAUCUGCUGGACAUUCGUAAACAGAUUAAGAAUCCUUCUGCAGAAUAUGUUACAGUUUCCGGUCAAGAGUUUAUGAUAGAAGUCAAGAAUUCCCAUAAAUCAUCUGUGCCAUCUGACUGGGUUAUGGUUAGUAGCACAAAAGCUGUCAGCCGUUUCCACUCUCCUUUUAUUAUAGAAAAUUACAGACAUCUGAAUCAGCUCCGGGAGCAGCUAGUCCUUGACUGCAGUGCUGAAUGGCUAAAUUUUUUAGACCAUUUUAGUGAACAUUAUCACCCUGUGUCUAAAGCGAUUGGUCACCUAGCAACUAUCGACUGUCUGUUCUCAUUGGCUCAGGUGGCUAAACAAGGAGACUACUGCAGACCAACUGUGCAAGAUGAUCGGCGAGAAAUAAUUAUAAAAAAUGGGAGGCACCCUGUGAUUGAUGUGCUACUGGGAGAACAGGAUCAGUAUGUUCCAAAUACCACUAACCUUUCAGGAGAUGGUGAAAGGGUCAUGAUAAUAACUGGACCCAACAUGGGAGGAAAGAGCUCCUAUAUAAAACAAGUUGCAUUGAUCACAGUCAUGGCACAGAUUGGUUCUUACGUUCCCGCAGAGGAGUCGACAAUUGGUGUUGUGGAUGGUAUUUUUACCAGGUAA